CGGCGGGGGUGGCGGCGGGGCCGCGGGAUCCGUCCGCGCUCGCUGCCCCCGUGUAGUUCUCGAGUCGUCUGUCCUCGGCGGCGGUCCGCGGGUGACAUGCAGUCCCUCAUCUCUCCGGUGACCAAGGCUAUCCUGGUGGCUUUGUUCAUCUUCGCCAUCCUGCUGAUCCUCUACGUGAUUCUGUGGUACAUCUGCCGCGAUGUGGAUUGCGACCAUGGGAUCUGAGCGGCGCCGCGGGGCCAGGGCUUAGGAGCCGGGAUUCACCCCGCGGGGCCGGGAGCGGCAGCGGGAGCCCCUCCGGGCGGCAGCCGCCGCCACCGCGGCCGAGCAGGGGAAGAGAAGGGGAAGGAAAGAAAAGAAGAGAAAAGGAAAAAAAAAAGAAAGCGAGCGAAGGACCGAGCCGAAAGAGCCCGGAGGACAACUGCGAUCAAGAAACCAACCUGAGCUUGACCUUCAGAGACCAGGGUGACCCGGCUUUGAGGAACACUGAAGAUGAUUCCAGCACAGGAGGGUCUCUGCAGAGAUGAAAAGUUAGCUGAGGUCCAGGGAUGGACAGUGCUGCAUCCUCAAGAUGUCCUUGUGUCAAAUGAAUGCUCAGCUGUAUUUUUUCCCCUCCAGGAUUUUCAGCUGUAUGAAGCAAUCAUUGGCGGAGUCCAGAAAGUGCACCUGUAAACUCAGUCUCAUGACAUUUGGGCAGCUUGUGUACCAGCAACUGAAGCUCACCAUCAUGGGGUACUGUGCAACUUCACUUUCUUGGAUGAACUGUGCAAAACAACAUCAGUGUAUCUGCCUAACAAAUGCUCCCUGAAGAACGUGAAGAUCCCGAAGGUGUUUGCAAGGGCGCCCCGUUAGCUUGCACACACCAUCCGUGCCCUCAGUGCCCAAUUCAUGACCAUAACCUCCUGCUCCCUCCUGUUCUCAGCUCGACACGGGGCAGGCUGGGUGAGGCUGCAGAAGCGGGGGUCUGGCUCUGGGGGUCUGUGCCACAGUGUCCCUUCGUCAAGACAUCGGCCACCACUCACGAGCGGUAACUGCUUGCCCUUCUCCAGCCUGGAAGAGGCACCUGUGGAGCAAGACUGAACUUGAACUGAAGUGAGAAGAUGGACAACAAGUGUAAUGUUGCUGAGAUUGCCAAAAAUAUUUUACUUACCAAGCGACACAGCUUUCAUGGACUGAGAGACCUUUAGAAGAGAGGAACUGUGCAGCAGGAAAUCUGGGCUCAUUUCACUGUGCAUAUCAUGCUGUGGCCAAAACCAAAGUAGCUGUGCUAACAUGUGAAAAGUCAUCUGAUGAAAGGCCACUGCCAAACAGGCCCAACUCAGAGGAGGAAUAGCCUUAAUACAUUUUUUUUUCUUGGUUUUGGUUCCAGAAGAUGUCUGUGUCUCAUGACUGUAAUAAUACUCAAUCAUCAUGCUAUAAUGAAGGGCUUUUCAUGUAAUCAUCUGUAGAACUCAUUACUUUGGUCUAUACCCUUAUCGUGCUGAGCUUCCUGGCAAAAUUCCCACUGACAUCAGUAAGAGAAGGAUUGGAACUUUCCUCAGCAGUUUACCACUUUUGUUUGACAAUACCAUGCUUUUCAGACACUUCACAGUGGAGAUUAAGCAUUUAGACUCUUAAUUCCUGAAAUAUUAAAAAGGCUCUGUAGAGAUAACACACUUAUUCUCAGAAGUCUAAGUUUGCUCUGGUCAUUAUUGCUUCUAAGAGUACAGCACCAAAGCAAGGCAUGAACAGGUACUCAUUAAUGAGUGAAGGAUCAAAAGGUGGGACGGUGGCCAAGAAGCAAUGGAGAAUAAAAGUUUAGAAGGUUCCCCAUCAGACCUAAAGUUAGUGGCUCACCCGAGAGCAAAGAGUAAAGUGUGGAAGUACUUUGGGUUUGAUACCAAUGCAGAAGGAUGCAUAUUACAGUGGAAGAAGAUCUACUGCCGUAUUUGCAUGGCACAGAUUGCCUAUUCAGGAAACACGUCCAACCUUUCCUACCACCUUGAGAAAAAUCACCCCGAUGAAUUCUGUGAGUUUGUGAAAAGCAACACUGAGCAAAUGAGGGAAGCGUUUGCCACAGCAUUUUCAAAAAUCAAGCCGGAGUCAUCACAGCAGGUUGUUCAAGAUAGCCUCAUCAUGAAGACCUACCAGAACUACGAAAACAAAAAACAUCAGGAACUGACAUCUGCAGUCAUCAGCUUAAUUUGUGAGGGCAUGUAUCCAGCCUCCAUUGUCGAUGAACCUACCUUCAAGGCCCUCUUGAGAACAGCAGACCCGAGGUAUGAACUUCCGAGCCGGAAGUACUUCUGUACAAAAGCAAUUCCUGAAAAGUACAGCGCUAUUAGAGAAAUUGUGCUGAAAGAGCUCACUGAGGUUCUCUGGUGUGGUAUAUCCACAGACAUGUGGAGGAGUGAAAACCAGAACAGGUCAUAUGUAACUGUGGCAGUUCAUUUUCUCAGCAGCAGUCCUGCCAACUGCCUGGCUGUGAACUCACGGUGUUUGAAAACGUUCGAAGUACCGGAGGAUAACACUGCAGAGACCAUUACACGAGUCCUUUAUGAAACAUUCAUUGAGUGGGGGAUCAAUACAAAAGUCUUUGGUGCUACGACAGAUUACAGUAAAGACAUUGUAAAAGCUUGCUCUCUCUUAGAUAUUCCCGUACAGAUGCCUUGUUUGGGGCACACUUUUAACGCAGGAAUACAACAAGCUUUUCAGCUCCCCAAACUCUGCAACCUUCUUGCCAGGUGCCGAAAGCUGGUGGAGUAUUUUCAGCAGUCUACGGUUGCGAUGUACAUGCUGAGCGAAAAGCAGAAGCAGCAGAAUAUUCUCCACUGCAUGCUGGUAAGCGACCGUGUUUCCUGGUGGGGAAGCACGCUCGCUAUGCUGCAGCGCCUCAAGGAGCAGCAGUUCGUCAUUGCCGCUGUUCUCGUGGAGGACAGCAACAACCACCACCUCAUGCUGGAAUCCAGUGAGUGGAAUACAAUCGAAGGGCUGGUGGAGCUGCUCCAGCCUUUCAAGCAGGUUGCAGAGAUGAUGUCUGCUUCAAAGUACCCGACGAUAAGUAUGGUAAAGCCACUUCUCCACAUGCUUCUGAAUACCACUCUGAACAUCAAAGAGAACGAUUUGAAAGAAAUCAGCAUGGCAAAGGAGGUGAUUGCUAAAGAGUUGUCAACCACCUACCAGCACACACCUGAGAUAGACAUGUUUCUCAAUGUUGCAACUUUCUUGGAUCCCCGCUACAAGAAACUGCCUUUUCUUUCAGCCUUUGAGAGGCAGCAGGUGGAAAACAGAGUGGUGGAAGAAGCAAAAAGCCUGCUGGAGAAAGUAAAAGAAAAUAGUUUUAGAACUGAGGAGAAGUUCUUCACUGUUUCAGAAGAGCCCCCUAUGAAAAAAAUCAUAAUCUCCUCUACUCCUCCUCCUACCAGUGUCAUCAACAACAUGCUUGCAGAGAUCUUUUGCCAGACAGGAGGCGUGGAAGACCAGGAGGAAUGGCAUGCUCAAAUCGUUGAGGAGUUGAGCAACUUCAAGUCACAAAAGGUCCUCGGUUUGAAUGAAGAUCCAUUGAAGUGGUGGUCUGACAGACUAGCACUGUUUCCAGUUUUACCAAAGGUUCUUCAAAAAUACUGGUGUAUUCUGGCCACAAGGGUCUUCCCUGAACGCCUUUUUGGCUCUUCUGCUAAUGUUGUGAGUGCAAAGAGAAACCGGUUAGCCCCGGCUCACGUGGAUGAGCAGAUCUUUUUGUAUGAAAACAGUCGCAAUGGGUCUGAGGCAGAGCCGGAGGACGAAGAUGAAGGAGAGUGGGGUUUGGAACAGGAACAGAUUUUUAAUUUAAAUGACUCAGUAAACAUAAACAACAGUUUCUUUAAUAUUCGAGACAGUGGGUUUGUUUGACAGGACUGCUGCGGUACAUUUAAUGACAAAGAAAAGAGGUAUUUGUCUUAAGUUACCAAAAAUUCUUCUGUUGUAUGCUAUGAAUGCUGUAAAUAUUGAACAGUUGUAACAAACUUGAUUUAGCUUCCAUUGUCUGUGUUUUUCCCACUGUCUUAAAACAUGAAUGACUUGUGAUCAAACAGCACUGAAAUGAAUGAGGAAAUAAAUUCUACAAAGACCGUGAUUUCUGACUGUGGCCCAGAUUUCAGAAAGCAUUUAUCCAUGUGCUUCCUUUCCACUUGUUUUAGUGGGAGACAAACACAUGCUUAUGUGCUUUCUAUCAUAAAAUUAUUUUCCUGAGUUAGGACCUUGAGGAAGUUUUUUAAAAUUUAUGCCUCCAUUUCUAAAUCCUGUGUGACUCAGGAUGCUAGCUUUAAAUUUUGGAUUUUAAAAUGUUUUUAAAAUCCAUAGAUCUGAGCAGUGAAUAUUUUUAGUAUAUUAUUGUUGCUAUGGAAUGAAAAAAUAUCUUGAGCCUGAUUUUCACUACCUCAUGUCUUAGGUCUGGUCUAUGCUAGUAAAGUUCAGCUGGUAUAAUUAUGUUGGUUAGGGGACUGAUGUGUUCUUAUUUUAACUGAUACUGUGCUGGCAUAGGCUGUAGUGUGGAUGCAUUUAUACCAGGAUAAUUUAUUUUCCUUUCCAGUGCAGUGUAAAUGGUUUGAACACUUAAACUGGUAUUGCUGUGUCCGCAUUAGUCCAGUUUUACCAUUUAACUGCAGCUAAAUGGCAAAAUUGGUUUUUUUGUUUGUUUUGCUUUAUGUCUAAGCAAGUCCUGAUUGUAGUCUCUUGUGCUUUUGCAAAGUGGGAACCAAGUGUGGGGUCGAGGCAGUGUUGUGUUACCUUCGCCUUGUGCCGAUGCCAUGGCUGAUACCACAUGGUGUGUAGCAGGCAAGGCAUCAGCUCUUUAUUAAGGGAGCGAGGGGGAGAGGGCAGGGAGAUGUCUACAGGCUACUGGUCUAAUGGUUUAUCUGUGUUAUAAAAUCCUUAACCUCUUCAUUUAAUGGGGACUUUGCCCAGGGUAGCUUGAAAAUUUUGUUGACAAGAAAAGCAAAAUAAAAAGCUUUAAUAUUAUGUAAAUAUAUUUAAAAGAAGGGGACCCCUGAAUUUCCUCACAUAUAUUUAGUGAAUCUUUAAAAUUAUUUUUUGUUAUGUUAGCACUUAAAAACUUUUUCCACCUGUCUCUUUUUAAUUCAGUUUGUAGAGUGGACUUCAGUCCUGUCCAGUGUAAUGUUUGAGUACUGUUUCCGAUUAGUUGUGUAUUGUAACUACUCUCUUUGUGUCUCUGAGCAUAAGUGUUUUAAGCCCCUUUGAGAACUUGACAAAAAAAAAAGAAAAAAGAAACCAACCUGAGACCACCCCCCAAAUCUCUUAUGAAAUACUGCAGGUCAUAAAUGGGAUCAGAGUUCAUGCUAGACACAAAAUAGGACGCACCAGCUUUUUUUCUGAGAUGCAGUGGAGAACUCUUGGCAUUUUCCAGUUACGAUCAAGGUUUGCUUGGGGUUUUAUUUCUGUUACUGGUGCCUCACUCCCCCAACUUUGGUGUUAGUCUAUAACUAUGUUGAGCAAUAUUGGUGUGUUACUGUUCUGGAGGAAGAAAGCUGGGGUUUUUUCAUCACAGUGACACCUGUGGAUAUUGGGUUGUGAAAAGAGCACAGACAGCAGGAACGUACCAAAAUGGGAAUGGCGAUGGAAUUGAAUCUAUUGCCAAAUGGUUUGUUUAUGGUUUGGUUUAAUAAUUUUUGGAAGUUUGAGGCCUCUGUGUUCUUUGUAGGUGGUGGGAAGGAAUGGAUGAGUGAGGGGAAAGGACAGAGGUUAGGCUGAAAGAACACUGAAGUAAGUACUUGCAACUACAUAAAGAAAAAUGUUUAAGCCUGGGAAAAAUGCAGUUAGCAAGUGGUGCAGCCUGUGUUUGGCUGUUAGUAAACCUGGGGUUUCACUUUCCAGCCCCCUGAAAACUGAUUUGCACUUGUACAAAGUACAUGCACUGUGCAUCCUGUGGAAUGUUGCUGCUCUCCAUGCCCACUGUAGAGGUGUAUAUGUCUGCCCAAGGCGCAAAACGCAGGCUUGGCCUAAAAUUCCAUAAGUAAAUCUGCUAUCUGUGAGGGCAGCAAAAUCAGAUUAUGGAAGGGAGUGAGGUACCUGAGCUCCUGUGACACCCCAGCAGUCUGCCAGGAAGAGCUCUUGAUUUUUGUGGUCAUCACUUGCAGAAGCUGUUACCACCACUGCAAGCCCUCCCUCCAGGACCUGCACAAAUGCUGGUGUGAAGUGUGUGAAUCUUGUCUCACACGAGCAGAAUUUAAAGCUGUGCCCUCACAAUCGAGGCAAAGCCCAGAGCACCCUUGGUCUGCACUUGGCCUUCCCCUGCUGGCAGCAUUGUAUCCAUCUUCAUCCUCCUAGGGCUGAACAUAAACAGUGACGCUUACAAGGAGUUUUACUGAGAUCAGUGCAAUGCACUACUCUCUUCCUUCCAGCUUCUUUUUAUUUUUUGGUAUCCAAAAUAAAAUUGUAGUUGGUUCAAUUGAUGUGUCUCAGCAUUCUUUGAAAAAAAGGAGAAGAAAAAGAAAAAAAAAAGCAAAACCAUUGUUAGUCUUACCCAUUGUCUGUGAGAUUUUUUUAUUUAAUGUUCUAAACCUGGAAUAUUGUUAAAUAAACCAGAAAAAUAAGUCAGUUACUA